AUGAGUGAGAAAGGCGUAUCGCGUACAGUGAAAGGUGCCAUGCCUACGGUACUGUAUGAUUCGUUAGCAGUGCUAAUAAAUAAUACCGGAAAACAUGGGAAAAUAUCAGCUUCCGGUCAUUUGUUUAUUAAAGGUGUUAUGUUCCAUUCCGUCGCUGAGUUCAGUCUUCUGAUUUCAUUUCGAGUCCUAGUUCUGGGUUGGACUAUUACUGCUCGGAAUCCGAUACGUACACGAUUUACUUGUCCCAGUGCUAACCGUAACAACUGGAAUUGCGGUCAUUUUGAACCAACAGAGUCCUGUAUGUUAGAGAAUUUGAAAACACGUGCCAGUGCCCGCGAAGUCGAAGACUAUCUUGAACGAAUCGAGACUUGGUGUAUAACGCGGAAACGACUCGAUCGAGAACGUGAAGUAUUAUUAUUUUCCCUUUUCAACGCCAUUCCCCCGAUUAAUGUGAAGACCCUAUUUUGUUUUAUUGUCUUCGGGUUCGAGAACUGGUAUGAUCUCGAUUGUGGCACAAUUUCUGUACUUGAAUGUUCCAAGGCAAAGGGUGGUAUCAAAAUAACUCCUGUGAGCCUCAAAGUGACCGGUUCUCUGGUGUUUAUGAAACGUCGGAUUAUCCCACUUGGGCUUCAUGAGCCCGUAAAAAAGCCGUUAGAUGAAAUGAUAGCCUUCGAAGUGGACUCCGUGGCCAGUAUCUUCCGAGUCUUGGCUAAGAAUGCAUGUGGAUUACUGUGGUCCAUUCUUCAACAAGUAUUACGCAUUGUUGAUCGUCGAUUCCCAUUCCCGUUGGCCGGAAGUGUACUUCACUACAUUGCCCAGUUCAGAAUUUAA